AUGAAACGUACGUUUAAUACGACUCAAAAUACCAAUAUGGCAAACUCAAAACCGGAUGCAAUGCUCGAAGGUGUGAUUGUAACAGUAUCAGAAAUUUCUGAUAAUCAAAAUGAAAAGAAAGGAAAAUAUUGGACGGCUUUGUUGUGCGAUUCGAAUCAAAAUAUCAAUCGAAUAACAAAAUAUCUAUCAUCAAGAGCAAUGUGUACUCUUCAUAGAAAAAUGAUUGAAUAUUUGAAUAAUGAAUCUAGUAUUAGACUAAACAAGUUAAAAUGUAGUGGCGAAAAAACGUAUACUGCAACUGCUGAAACCAUCGGUACACCAAUAGAUCUAUCAUUAACACCUCUAUGUACACAAAUAACUACGAUUAAAAAUAUUCAAUCCAUGUCCGAUGAAGAAUAUAUAUCAUUCAAUUGUAAAAUACUCGAUAUAGGUUCUGAUGAAGUUGUCGUCUUUAACAAUGCACAAAAACGAGUUCAAAAACUCAAAAGAAGUACAGUAGUAGCUGAUAAAACGGAUUUUAUCAACAUGAACAUAUGGGAAAAUAAUUUUGAUUCAAUAAAAAAAGAUCAAUGUUAUUUAAUUAAAUUAGCAAAAGUCAAAAUAUUCAAUGAUGAACUAUCAAUAACAACAACAACACAUACAAAAUUUGAACCUAUCGAAGAUAUCACUGAUGUUAUGGCUUACGAUUCUAUUCAAAUCUUACAAGAAUCAGCAAUCGCUGGUGUGAUAACAUCAAUUGGAUUAAUAGAACAUCGUUCUAUUUGUCCAAAAUGUUAUUCAACUGAUAUCGAGUGUAAUGACAAAACCAUAAAAUGUAUAGCAUGCAAAUCAAGAUCAUUAUAUGUGAAGCAAUCAGUUGAACAAAAAGAAAUGAAACUUAAUGUUAUUGAUGCUAAUCAAAAACGAUUUGAAUUUAUUGUAAAAACAUCUCAAAUUCAAGCUUUGUUAGAAGAAUCCAAUCAUCAAGAACUUUGUCACAACGAUUUAGUUGAGAAUGAGGAUGUUUUACUUGCUUUAUCUUCGAUAAAUGUUUUCGUUAACUUUAAUCCAAAAACGAUGCAUAUAAAUACUAUUGUAUUAAACAAUAUUGACAAUAAAUAA